AUGUUGCCGUGGCUGAUGACCGCGUGCAUCUACCCGUGUGUUGUAGGCCCGGAUUUCUGGGGUCUGGUGAAUCGCGACUGGCGUAUGUGUACUGCCGGUCAAAUGCAAAGUCCUGUGAAUAUCGAUCCGACACAAUUACUCUUCGAUCCGCACCUGGAACGGAUAUCGAUUGAUGACAUAAAUGUGGAAGCUACAUUUGAAAAUAUCGGUCAAUUGCCGAUCAUAACAAUAAAUGAGACCCUUUCCAAAAACUCCAUCAAUAUCACCGGUGGACCAGCCUUACCGUACCGAUAUCGGCUCCAUCAGAUUUCUGUGCACUUUGGUCAACCAGAUGGGGAACGAGGAUCAGAACAUACAGUGGAUCGAGUUCAACUGCUCGCAUACAAUAUCGACUUGUACACUAACUAUAGCCAAGCCGUCACACAACCACGGGGUCUCUUGGCGAUUGCCGUAAUUGUAGAUAUUGGAACAGUAACUGAAGUUACCCUACGGCGGCUGACGGUGGCAUCGCAAAGUAUCACUUAUAAAGGUAUGCGAACCACUCUACGUCAGCUUCAUCCAGCUGGUUUAUUACCUCGAACUCAUCAUUACGUCACGUAUGAGGGCUCAUUGACGAUUCCUGGCUGUCAAGAGACGGUCACAUGGAUCAUCAUGAAUAAUCCCAUCUAUAUUACAAGGGAAGAUGUAAGUUUUCAUGCAUUGAUGUAG